AACAAUCUGAGGACCAGCCAUGCAACUUUUGGGAACUAUAGAGACGACCCAUAUCAAUUUUCAAAAAACUGGACUCAAACUACACAUGGGUGUAAACCACAUGGACCAAAAGUAUAAUUUACUUUUUUCCCGAUUUCGGUAUAUCAAGAUCGACACCUUAUCCGAAGCAGUUUGCUUUGCUAGUCUCAUCCAAUUUUCCCCACUCAUCUUCUUCCUUGCAUAACUGAGAGGGGGUUCUUACCUUCGAAGUCAUGGGGCACCCAGUAGCAAGUAUAUAACAGUAGUAUUAAUUUUUGGGAAGUGGAAUGGCGCUCCCAUCUCUGUCGCCCACAAAUAACUUUUCCUCCCCAUCCUCCUAUUCUGUUUCACCUUUCAGUUCCAAAUUUCCCACUUUUCAUCGUCAACUCAAUAGUUAUUGCACUCGACAUCUUCUACUAUUAAGGGAAUGCACCAGUAGCAGUAGCUUCCUUUUCCGGGGUGGAAAAAAUAACUCGGCACACGGAUAUUGUCAUUUUUACGUUCCAAGAGAGCGGAAGACGAUAACAGUGGCGGCGGCGUCAUUAGGAGGUCUACUGGGCGGAAUCUUCAAGAGUGGGGCUGACACCGGGGAGUCCACCAGGCAGCAAUACUCUGCCACCGUCGCUCUCAUCAACUCUCUUGAAUCCGAGCUGACGUCUCUCUCGGACUCUCAGCUGAGGGAUAGGACCACUCUCUUGAGGCAACGAGCUCGCCAAGCUCCCCAAUCUUUAGACUCUAUUUUACCUGAGGCGUUUGCUAUAGUGAGAGAGGCUUCGAAGAGGGUUCUAGGUCUUCGUCCUUUUGAUGUUCAACUGAUAGGUGGCAUGGUACUUCAUAAAGGAGAAAUAGCUGAAAUGAGGACGGGAGAGGGAAAGACUCUGGUGGCCAUAUUACCAGCUUAUUUAAAUGCUUUAAGUGGUAAAGGAGUUCAUGUUGUUACUGUGAACGAUUACCUUGCAAGGAGGGACUGUGAAUGGGUCGGUCAAGUUGCCCGUUUUCUUGGACUCACGGUUGGCCUAAUCCAGCAAAACAUGACAAAGACAAUCUUGCCAUGGAAAAGUGUUGAUGAGCUUGUAUUAAGAGGUUUCAAUUACUGUGUCAUCGAUGAGGUCGAUUCAAUUCUAAUUGAUGAAGCAAGAACUCCUCUUAUUAUAUCAGGACCUGCUGAAAAACCAAGCGAACAAUACUACAAAGCUGCUAAAAUAGCUGCUGCUUUUGAGCGAGAUAUACAUUAUACGGUUGAUGAGAAGCAGAAAAAUGUUUUACUGACAGAACAGGGUUAUGCAGAUGCUGAGGAAAUUCUAGAAGUAAAGGAUCUAUAUGAUCCUCGAGAACAGUGGGCCUCAUUCGUCUUGAAUGCAAUAAAAGCUAAAGAGCUCUUUCUCAGAGAUGUGAACUAUAUUAUACGUGCCAAAGAGGUUCUCAUAGUGGACGAGUUUAGCGGUCGAGUCAUGCAGGGGAGGCGUUGGAGUGAUGGGCUUCACCAGGCGGUGGAAGCCAAAGAAAGCUUGCCCAUACAAAAUGAGACGGUGACACUGGCCUCAAUUAGCUACCAAAACUUCUUUCUUCAGUUCCCAAAACUUUGUGGCAUGACUGGCACCGCUGCAACUGAGAGUUCAGAGUUUGAAAGUAUUUACAAGCUCAAAGUUACAAUUGUGCCCACAAACAAGCCUAUGAUAAGAAAGGACGACUCAGACGUGGUAUUUAGGGCAACCACGGGAAAAUGGCAGGCGGUGGUGGUAGAAAUUUCUAGAAUGAACAAGACAGGGCGGCCUGUGCUUGUUGGGACAACCAGUGUUGAACAGAGUGACACAUUGUCCAAACAACUCCGUGAAGCUGGAAUCCCUCAUGAGGUUCUAAAUGCGAAACCAGAAAAUGUGGAAAGAGAAGCUGAGAUUGUGGCACAAAGUGGUCGCCUUGGUGCAGUUACUAUUGCUACAAAUAUGGCGGGCCGAGGAACCGAUAUAAUUCUUGGUGGUAAUGCAGAGUUUAUGGCUAGGUUGAAGCUACGUGAGUUGCUCAUGCCAAGCAUUGUAAAGCCAGCUGAGGGAGUUUUUGUUUCUGUGAAGAAAUCUCCCCCAAAGAAGACAUGGAAGGUGAGUGAAAGUUUGUUCCCGUGUUCACUAUCUCAAGAAAAUAGCUUGGUGGUUGAGGAAGCUGUACAUUUGGCUGUCAGUUCAUGGGGUAGAAGAUCUUUAGCUGAGUUGGAAGCAGAAGAGCGGCUAUCUUAUGCUUGUGAAAAGGGUCCGGCUCAAGAUGAAGUAAUUGCCAAAUUGCGCCAUUCUUUCCUACAAAUUGCAAAAGAAUAUAAGACUUACACCGAGGAAGAAAGGAAGAAGGUUGUAGCAGCUGGGGGACUUCAUGUCAUCGGGACGGAACGCCAUGAAUCACGGAGAAUCGACAACCAGCUGCGUGGUAGAAGUGGCAGGCAGGGGGAUCCUGGAAGUUCGCGUUUCUUCCUUAGUCUGGAAGAUAAUAUCUUUCGCAUUUUUGGGGGUGAUAGAAUUCAGGGUAUGAUGAGGGCUUUUAGAGUUGAGGAUUUACCAAUUGAAUCAAAAAUGUUGACGAAAGCAUUGGACGAAGCUCAAAGAAAAGUGGAGAAUUACUUUUUUGAUAUCAGAAAGCAAUUAUUUGAGUAUGACGAGGUUCUCAACAGCCAAAGAGACCGUGUCUAUACGGAGAGAAGGAGAGCUCUACAGUCUGAAGAUCUUCAAUCUCUAUUGAUCGAAUAUUCUGAACUCACAAUGGAUGACAUAUUAGAGGCAAAUAUUGGUUCUGAUGCUCCAAAGGAAAACUGGGAUUUUGAAAAGCUUAUUGCAAAACUCCAGCAGUAUUGCUAUCUUUUGAAUGACUUGACUCCAGAUUUACUGGCAAGCCAGUGUGCGACUUAUGAAGAUUUGAGGAUUUAUCUUCGUGUUUCUGGGCGCAAAGCAUAUUUACAGAAGAGGGAUAUUGUGGAGAAAGAAGCUCCAGGGUUGAUGAAGGAAGCAGAAAGGUUUCUGAUAUUGAGCAACAUAGAUAGGCUAUGGAAAGAACACUUGCAAGCACUUAAAUUUGUUCAACAAGCUGUAGGGUUACGUGGAUAUGCACAAAGAGAUCCUUUGAUCGAGUACAAGCUGGAAGGCUACAAUCUGUUUAUUGAGAUGAUGGCGCAAAUAAGAAGAAAUGUUAUAUAUUCUAUAUACCAGUUUAAACCGGUGAUGGUGAACAAGGAUCAAGGGAAAACCAGCAACAGCAAAAUAAAGGAUAAGGAUAAUGGCUCAGUGACCCCACCACCAUCAUCAUCUUCAUCAGCCUCAUCUGUCAGCGUCUGAGUAGCAGUCCAAAUGGCAUGGACCCCACCUGCAGAUAAUUGUGUAUAUUUGUGACCCUGAAGAUAAUAAGAAUUUGGCCUGCCUGUAGACUGUAGAGAGGAGAGGAAAGGAAGAGGAAUCAUAUACUUACUGUCAAGUUGCUUCAUAAUCAUUUCCUAUUUCCAUAAAUUAAUCAUACAAAAAGAAUUGUGUAGCCUUCCUUGUAAACAGAUCGACUUCCUUGGAAACUAAUUCACAAGAUUAUAUUAUUAUAUGAUGGUAAUAAAUGCUUUUAAGCUAUGCAUCUGACCAGGAAAGUGGAAACCAUCCAAGCCCGUCAUAUGCAUAGCAUACAUAUUGUCUGAAAAGCAUGUCAUUUGCCGGGUGACUGGGUAUGAUAUAAAUUGUAUGCUUUUUGUUUUGAUACUUGGGAACACUACCACCACUACUGUUGUGCAAAAAAGUGUGUGCGGAAUCAUUUAACAAGAAGAGGUGCUUCAAUAGUUGCAAAAACCCUGGACUUGUUAUUUCUCCGAUGAGAUAGGAACACCGAACAUCUAUACAACGGAAAGAAAGAGGAAAAAUAACUAGAUACGGAAAAAUGUAUUAAAUUCUUUCAACAAAACUUUAUUCUUUCUAUACCAAACUCAAAAGUGUCGUUUUAACUUUAACCACUGCCAACUGUUUU